AUGUACAAGAUGGAUUACUCCUACCUGAACUCGUACGACUCUUGCAUGGCGGCCAUGGAGGCGUCGGCGUACGCGGACUUCAACUCCUGCAGCCAAGCCAACACCUUCCAGUACAACCCCAUCCGCAGCAGCUUCGCCGCCAGCCCGGCCUGCCCGCCGCUCAGCACGGCCAACUGCACCUUGGGCGCCCUCCGAGACCACCAGCCCUCGCCCUACGCCACAGUUCCCUACAAGUUCUUCUCGGACCCUUCCACCAUCAACGAGAAACGGAAGCAACGCAGGAUUCGCACCACGUUCACCAGCUCGCAGCUGAAGGAGCUGGAGAGAGUCUUUGCAGAGACCCACUACCCUGACAUCUACACCAGGGAAGAGCUGGCCCUCAAAAUAGACCUCACAGAAGCCAGGGUGCAGGUCUGGUUCCAGAACCGCCGUGCCAAAUUUCGCAAGCAGGAGCGAGCGGCCAACGCCAAGGGCCAGAAUGGCAGCAACGGUGGCCCCUCGGCCAGCAAGAAGCCAGACCCCCGCUCAUCUUCGGAGGAUGACGAAUCCAAGGAGUCCAACUGCAGCCCCACUCCGGACAGCACCGCCUCACUGCCCAUAGCUGGCAGCCUGAACAGUCCUGGCAGCAGUUUGAGCCCUAGCCCGGGCACCGGGCAGCAAGGUCUGGGUCCCAGCCACGCCACCCAAGCCCUCAAGGCGCCCCUCUGGGCUGGGGUCAGCACGAGCAAUGGGCCCACCAACACGGCCGACCUCCUGAAGGCCUGGCAGCCGGCCGAAACCAUGUCAGGCCCCUUCUCUGGGGUCCUCUCCUCCUUCCACCGGAAGCCGAACCCCCUCAAGGCCAACCUCUUCUAACCGCCUCGGACUGAGCGCCGCCAG